UUAAUUUCCAAAUAUGAGAGCUUCAAAAACUAUUUUUGGAAUACUUUUCAUAAUGGUUUUCCAAAUUUCAAGAGCAGUAAUCGGAGAGAAAAAGUUAACCAAUAAUAUCCAAGAGGGUAUCACACCCUACCUCUUCUUUGGGUUUAAAGGAGGUGGAUCAAUCAAUGAGGAAAUAAGAUAUUCUCCUGAUACCACUCCUAUUUAUCUUUUCUUCUGAAAAAGUGAAGAGGUUAGAGAUAUUUAUAAAGGAAGAAUGCAGCUUCAUGAUGUUCUUCAAAUUUUUAACCAAGGAACCACUCUGAACAGAGCUACUGAUGAUUGUUACAAUGUCACAGAGAAAAUGAAGAGCAUGUGAGAACAAAUCCAUGUUAAUGACAAUCUAAUGGACUAUUAUCUUAAUUUUGACUACCAAAACAAACGAAUAAUAUAUGAUUUAAGAGAGAAAAGAGAGUCUAGAACAGAUGAAAGAUUCUACCAAGACUCAGAAAACCUUAAGAAGGUCCCUUAUUUUGACAGGGAGGUGCAUUUUAAAUAUGACAUAAAGGACAAGGACAGCGGCUUUUAUGUCUUUUUCAUAAGUCAUUGCCAACAAUCGAUUGAUGAAAUCGGAAUCAACUACACAGUUGUAAACCCUGGAGGCGAGCAUCUCUCUGUGGAUCUAAUACCUAACAAGCUUACAUACUUGGUAUUUUUCAUCACCUGGAUAUGAGUACUUCUCAUUAGCAGUGCAGUAGUGAGUCUACGAGUCUAUAAGAGGCACGAUCUGAGUUAUAUCUGCCUGCUUAUCUUGCUUUCUUACUUCAUCAUCACCUCCUACCUCAUUCUCAGAUAUAUCUAUUGGAGGAACUUCUCCAAAAAUGGAAAAGUGAAUAUAUAUUUCGAAGGAUUUUUGAAUUUUAUUGAAGUGUUCUCAAUAGUGAUGUAUUUAAUCAUAAUUCACCUGGUUGGAAGUGGCUACAAGAUUAUUUCAAACUCCUUCAGUUGCUACAAAUGUGCCAAGAACAUCGCUGUCAUGCUCUGUAUUGGGAUCACCUCCUUAUUCCUCAGAUACACCAGCUUUAUUCUCCUAAUCUUCUUUGGAACAGAAGUAAUAAUCAUGGUGAUUUUUCUCCGAUGUGAUAUACAGAGUUGAAUAAGGAAGCUUAAAAGAAUAAAUUCUGAGCUGAAUCCUAUAUUUGUUGAAGAAAGGGACAUUAUAAAUUCUAAUAACAACAUGAUUAAAUAUUACAAGUGCUUCAUAGUAUACUUGUUAAUCUACUCCUUCAUGGAAAUGACAAUUAUGUGCCUGAGACCUUUCUUUGCAAUAUACCAUGAAUGGAUCUUUGUUCUCGCCCAGCAAGCUGUAAACCUAGUCAGCAUGACAUUUCUAUUUGUGACUCUAACCUAUUCCAUCAAGUUUAAGAAGUUUGAAGGACUCAAUGAUGGAGCUUUGGUUGCUCCCAACCCUUAUUUCAAAAACAAGAGCUUAAAAAUAUGAGGAGAGAUAAUAGUAAUAAAAUCCGAAUUUGAAACCGAAAAAUCUGCUCUUCAUCUUGGAAUCGAAUCAGAUUCAGGCAUUAACCUCGCAGAACCUGUUGAAAAGGAUCUGGGUGAGAGAGCCAAAAUUUAUGAAACCUCAAUGAUAGAUUUCCCCCAAAAGAUGACUGAGAAUUCUAACAAAAACCAUCUUGACACAAGUUGAUUCGAAGGAAUUGAGGAUAGAUAUAACCUAAGGAAUGACUUUCACGGCUUUGAUGAGGAGUGAAAGGAGGAACAGAAAGCUCAUACAAUGAGGAAUGAUACUGAAAAAGAUAGCAAGAUUAGUGAAUUUCCUAUCCUAAAGGACUCUUUAAAAUACUGAGAACCCUGAAACUUAUUCGAAGCUCAAAAUAUUAUCGAUUUAAGAGAUCCUUCCAGAAAUUAUGAAGAAUGAAAGCUUAAUUUCAAACAAGAAAGUAGAGAUUUAUCUUUCCAAAAUGGAAGAAAAAGGUCUAACAGUGCACAGAGACUUGAGAAUUUCAAUGCUCUAGGGUUCAUGCAAUGUGUGGAGGAGGAAAAAGAAUCAUCCUCCUUCUCUUUUGUAUCCCCAGAUAUGAUAAAUUUGGAAAUUUUAUUAUAAAUAUUAACUCGAAAACAAAGUACUUUAAUGCUUAAGUUCAUUUAGUAGCUUCAGCUUCUCAUCCUUCAGAUAUCUUGUCACUGGGGUCCCCUCUUCUGAAGAGUUGAAAGAUCUUAUUUCUGUAAUCAUAUGGGAAGCAACCCUUCUCUUCGUACCUUUAUGCUUUUGGUCGGUGAGGCCUCCGAUUUUAUUUUUCAGUUUGAUGUUCUUGAUUUCCAACUUCUCCUGCUUCUUUUGAGGAGUCUUUGAAGGAUAAAUAUCAGCAAGCUUAAAAGAAGCUCUUGAGCUUGGAAAUCCAAAGCUACUAUUGUUAUUAGCCUUGAUAAUAUAGCGUGUGAGGAGAGAAUCUUCAAAGCCAUCUACUGAAGUAACAGCAGUAGUUCUCUUACUCUUGGGAAUGUAAUUGGAGAUUUCGUUGGAAGAUGAUUUCUUUACUAGUAAACUUUUGUUCAUUCUCCUUCUACUCUUUUUACCUUUUUUCAGAGUGCUAAACAUUGGGUUUGCAAAAUAGGAUUUAUUCUCUUUAAACUCAUGUGUUGGGUCAAAAAUAAAUUUUAAAUCUUGAUUUGGGCAGCCUAUUUCAGGCUUCUCUUUUUCUAACUCCUUUAUCUCUUUAGCUGUGACUUCACCUAUCAACUUGCGGUAUUUCAUGGUAAGGUACUUAUUUAUUCCUAUUAUCAUUGAUAUACUUCUUGACAAUAGCGGAGACCAUUGAGCUUUUUAAUCCAUACAUUGGCUCGAAAGGAGGUACAUACAUCCUUCUAUCUCUAUUGUCUCACUUAAGAUUAUUAAGAAUAGCAUUCCUAUUCCUUAUCUGACAGAUUUUCUCAAAAGUGGUUGUUGAUCUCUUAACCUUGUUCCAUUCGAAUCGGUCUUUGGUCUUCCUAAGCUGAUCGUAAUUAAUCUGGGAACUUUUGAGUAAGAAUUUGUUCUUUUUCAUCCAAUUUGUUAGUUCGCUUCUCUUGACCUUCCGGUGAACCACCUUGGGGUCUUCAUCUCUCAUAAUCAUUUUAUUUUAACUCUGUCUAUUUUC